UGUGUCUGCACUGCUUCGGCGAGCAGAUCUCGUCCUCUUUGCCCGCACACCUGUCCGCCGCGCCGACGUGUAUUGUGUCAAGACAAACACCCCCGUGUCAUGGCCGCUGCCAGCCUGUAGCUGAGCCUGUCGCCCCCUUCUCUCCGCCGUCUCUCCGCCUCCUGAGCCGCUCGUGCGACCAGACACAUCGACGAGUCCCAAGGCCGGGCCUGUAACGCGCCUGGACGACACAAUCGCAACCGUCUCCCACGUCUGCUCUGAAGACUUUGUCUGCGUCCUCUGCUCGAAGGCGUUGCUACGCCGAGAUCCGCUGCCCAUUGUGGUCUUGCCAUUGACGAGACAUUGCCAGCCUUGGUCGAGAAAGACUCGCCGCUGUGGGACCGGAAGCACCGCCCUCGAUCGAAUCCAAACGCAACAGUCUAGCAGCACGCCGACAUACACCAACAUGUCCGGUCCGUACUAGGCCUGUGUCAAAGCAGCAUCCGACCCCGACCGUUCGUUCUCUCCGGCGUAGACGCUCUUUUUUCUACGCGCAACCGGCUCUGGGAGUCUGCUGGCGGCUGGUCUGUGACCCCCAUCACCGCCUUCAUCAUCUAAACAACCUCAACCGACUUCGUCGCCACGAUCUGGACAGAUCAGGUGCUUCAAGUGGCCAGACCAAGGCCGCGUCGUUUCGCCUUUUGCUUGUCCAUCACACUCUUUUAUCGCCACACAAUUCGUUCGUGUCAGCUGGACUGAGCACGAGUUGCAACCACCAACCUUUGUUUCCCCCACGUCGCACGCACGCAUCCUACCCCAAUUCACAAUGGGCUACUUUUCAGGCCGAGAAGAAAGAGGCGAGGUGCAGGAGCAGCAGAAAUGGGAUUACAUUACCCUCUCGGACUUUCGAGGCAACUCAUGCGGCCACUUCUUCUCGUACCUGUGGUUGUGGAUCCUUGUCUUCAUCACGAUCGGCGUCUACGUCGCCGAUACCUUUACCGCCGUCAAGCUACUUGUUUUCAACGAAUGGUCAAGCCAGGUGAAACCUGCUAUCCCCUUCACGGUCGCUAAAUGGAUCUUCUCUGGUUGCAUUAUACUCUCCUGGGCGCUGGCUAUCCUUGCCUGGAUUAAUGCAAUCAGGGUGAUAAGGAGAGGUUGCGUCACUGACGACUACCUUAACUCCACGGCCGUCACCUUGCAGUCCAUUCGCCCUGGUAGUGGCUGGAAGCGUUUCCUCGUGUUCGCUGCGUUGACAAAGAGCAAGAAGAAGGUGUCGUGGAUAGCCAUCUUCGUUUACUUUCAGCGUCAAGGUUGCAUUCGCUUACUGGCCGCCGAAGGGCCUCGCCAAGUCAUAAACGCCCUCACUUUGUACUCGGUUGGCAAAGCAACGCUGAUUGAGCCUGGUAAAGGCGAGGCAGACCGCUCCGGCUUCGACCAGUUCUUCUACAAUCUGCAAGUCCUUAGUAGCGAGCACCGCACCCAGACAAUCAUUCUUUCCACCAUGGCCUUUACGCUUAUCAUCUGGGUCAUCUCUAUGCUUCUGCUUGCGCUGGCUUUGGUCCUCUACAUCAUUUUCCUGUGGCAUUACAUCCAGAAUGAUACUCUGACCGGCUUCUGCCGAAGGAAGAUUGAGACGAGGUUGGCUAGAAUCGUCAAGAAGAAAGGCGACAAGGAACUUGCGAGACAGCAGAGAAAGUGGGAGAAAGAAGAGCGCAAGAGAGGCUCUCCGACAAACACAACAUCGUCUUCUGGCCCUCCUACGUUGUCCAAGCAACCAACGCUACCUGCCAUUGAAGGAUCAUUGCCGAGCAAAAACGAACUUUUCCGGAGUGACUCGACCAUCACCACAUCGACCCUGCCUCCUUACUCGUCGCAAGCGAACACGCCAGCUGGUGAACAACCACCGCCAUUUGGGCGAGCUCCAACGCUACCCGAUGUCAUGCGCCCCAACACAGCAAUGUCCGAUAGGAGCGUCAUGUCCAACGCACCCCUACUUUCGCAAGCUAGCGCCAUGGGCUAUAGCGAUCCAGGCCGACCCGGCCCACCAAGUCGAUCAUUCACGGGUAGCAGUCAGCGAUCCAUGACGCCAAAUUCGAUGCCUGGCCGCCCGCCUCUUGCCCCGAUUUCGACACAAACAGCUGGCCCGCGGUUCCCACCACCGACACGCACAGGCACUGGAAUGAGCGGUCGCGCCUCUCCAAUGUCUGCAAGCAACUACACACCGCUCAGCGCGCAAAGUAACAGACCACUGCUUGCUGGACAGUCGCCCAUGUCUCCGUAUUCCGCACGCAGUCAGUCUCCUGCUCCGGGCAUGGCCUAUGAGAUGACUCCUGUGGACACUCGUAACGGAGGUGGCGAUUAUUUCUCGCAGGGUCCGCAGCGUGCGCCGACAUUGCCCACGUUGGACGCAGGUACGCCGGCUUCACUCCUACCAGGUCGACGAGAUGUAUCUGCGCCAAUCCAGCCACGAAGCCAGCCUCCGUCUGGCCCGCUUCAGUGGACACCGAACCAACGCAGUGCCACGGCGCCGAUUCCAGACCAUGCUCGGGGGCCCAUUCCAAGAAGCAACACGACCGGCCCUCAAGGUUGGUGAGCAAUCAAGAAACAAAGAACCCAGAACACGAUGUACAUAUCUGACUAUGGCCACGAACGACGGGGAACCCCCCCCCCCCCCCC